AUGGAAUUUGUUCCUGCUCCCGCAGUACACCGUGUGCUCUGCGCCGAUUGUGGUACCCCGAUUGUGCCCAACUCCGCCAAUUUGUGCGUCGCAUGCCUCAGGAAUACGGUAGACAUCACAGAGGGAAUCCCCAAACAAGCAUCGCUGUCAUUUUGCCGUAAUUGCGAGCGUUUUCUCUCACCGCCCUCCUCAUGGACGAUAGCCCAGCCCGAAUCGCAGGAGCUACUCGCCAUCUGCUUGAAAAAAUUGAAGGGUCUGAAUAAGGUCCGCCUCACAGAAGCGCAUUUCAUCUGGACGGAACCACACUCCAAACGGCUGCGAGUGUCUUUGACAAUCCAGAAAGAAGUGCUCACCUCGACUAUCCUUGAACAAAUCUUCGAGAUCGAGUAUCUUGUGCAAUACGGCCAGUGUCCAGAUUGUACAAAACUUGCUGCGAAAAACACUUGGAAAGCUCUUGUACAAGUGCGCCAGAAGGUCCCUCACAAGCGAACAUUCUUGUUCCUCGAGCAGCUUAUCCUCAAACAUGGUGCUCAAAAGGAUACGAUAUCAGUCAAAGAAGUGAAAGAUGGGCUGGAUUUCUUCUACAGCCAACGGAGCCAUGCGAUCAAGAUGGUCGACUUUUUGACUAGUGUAGUGCCAAUACGAUCCAAAGCGUCUGAACAGCUGCUAUCGGCAGAUACACACACCAACACAGCGAACUUCAAAUAUACCUACUCUGUUGAGAUCAUUCCUGUUUGCAAAGAUGAUCUCGUCUGCCUUCCCGCAAAACUCUCUCGCUCGCUCAGCAAUAUCACCCCCCUGACAAUGUGUUCACGUGUCGGCAACACCCUUCAUCUUCUCGACCCAUCCACCCUCCAGUCCUCAGAAGUUUCCGCUCAAGUGUAUUGGCGCACACCAUUUGACUCACUAACGACCGUUUCAGACCUUGUCGAGUUUACUGUCUUGGAUAUCGAGCCAUCCGGAACGACGCGAGGCAAAUGGGUUCUUGCCGACGCACAGGUCGCGCUCUCGGGCGCGUUCAAGUCGCAUGACGAUGAUGCGAUGGACGAUGAUAGCGGCGCGGGGGCGAAUCAGAUCUUCCACACGCGCACGCACCUCGGCGGCAUAUUGCAGCCUGGUGAUGCGGUGUUAGGAUACUACCUCUCGAACGCCAACUUCAACUCGGACGCGUUUGCGGCGCUCCCGGCGCACCGCAUACCGGACGUUGUGCUCGUUAAGAAAGCAUACCCGAACCGCCGCAAGAAGAACCGGGCGCGUAAUUGGCGUUUGCGCAGCAUUGCGAAGGAGGAAGGCGAAGAGGGCGAUACCGGCUCAGGGCGUGGCGUUGUCGGACGCAUGGGUGGUCGUGACAAGCGCAAGGUGGAUGAAGAUUAUGAGCUCUUCCUGCGCGACCUGGAGGAGGACGAGGAGAUGCGUGGUGCUGUUAAUCUAUAUCGAGCCAAAUCCGACAAUCCCGGGGCUGGCUCAGGUAUGGCGGGCGGUAAGACGCGGAAGAAGACACAGUUCGCGAUGGACGUGGAUGAUGCUCCGAACAGCAGUGUGGCUGUUGCUGCUCCAGAGCCUGGGGAGCCGGAUGAAGAGGACGAGCCGGAUUUCCCGGAGGUGAAGCUUGACGAAUUAUUGGAGAAUUUCGACGAAAUGACAUUAGAUGACGCUUAA